UCUUCAGUCAAUCAACAAGCAUUACCUUCUUCUUCAACAAGUAAGGCUCGAAAUUCGGAUUCAUAUAAUAGUCGUAGUAGUCCUAGCGUCUAUAAUAACAAUUUGAUGGAGCAAACUCAAGAUAUUUACGAUCAAAUGAACCAACAUAGAGCUUAUUUCUCACAGCAGCAGCAGCAACAAGCUGAAGAGCAAUUACGUCAAAAGCAAAUACAACAGGAGCAAAUGCGUCAACAAGCGCAGAUGCAACAACAAAUAUACCAGCAACACCAACAACAAUUUUGGGACCACCAGAGGUUACAUGAAGAGAUCCUUGAGCAACAGAGGCGUCAACAUGAACAACUCAUGGCAAAUCAGGAAAAUGAAAGAGCACGAAGACGCCAACGACAAUUACAGCAACAACAGCAACAACAGCCACAACAAUUAUACCAGCAGCCCGAAGACGCAGCAUACUACUUACAACAGCAACAACAACAACAACAAGCACAAAUAAUGAAUCCGGGGAUGCAAUUUGCCUCAAAUCAAAACUAUAACUUGCAUGGUAAUCAUUUCAAUUACGACAAUCAGAACGGAUCCAGUUAUAAUCAAGGUAUGUACCAUCAAUAACCUUAGUUUUUCUCAAGAGUGCCAUAUGCAAUUAUUCGCCUAUGGCGUUAUGUUUAUA